AUGUGUACAGCACGAGAAGCUGCGUUGGUCAGGCCAUGUAUUGCGCAUGCCGAGUUAUCGUUUGCCAAUCAAAGGAGCGUUUCUCGUACCCGAAUCAGAGUGACACGAGCAGAGAGGCGGCUCCCGUUUGAUCUGGUUUUGUCACUCAACGUCGCUCAAAUUCAGGACGUCAAAUCAGAUUUACCGAUUUUCUGGAUGCUAACUCAUAAGAUUCAAACUGCAAGACUCGGGCAUAAACUACUCAUCACAAUUUCAACUGUCCAACACGCACCCACAGCGUGCAAAUUCACACUUGUGGAGGUGCAGUCUUUGAACAUGCCUCUAAGAAUUCAAGGAACGACACAGGACGUCGUGGAACAUUCUAUGUAUCCCGGAAGUUACCCUAGCUCUGACGUUACUGUGACGGAUGAAAUGAACGCAAGAAUCUCACACGUCAUAAUUUUUCUUCGUAAAAUAUUGUCACUUGUGGCUUUAAAAAGUGUACGGAGGCCUGUCGGCCCUAAUAAUCAAACACCACAUCAUUUGGACGAAACAAAGCUAGGUUUUAGUGGAUCGCGUUCGGGGCAGUGGGCGUCAAACGUGAACAUGUUCACUUGUUCAGACGUGAAAAUUCGGACGCUUCUAGCUUACGCUGAUGAAGUGGCACUAACAUGCUCGUCUCGUUCAAAUGCUGGAACGAUGAACCUCGUGAGCUGUAAUAAUAGUGAAACGCGGUCCCAGUGCUUGCCCCCUUUGGUGUGGACCAAUCAGAAUGAUUGCGCCAGGACAGUAAGAGGACUGUUCAAACGAGACUGA